AUGGAAGCAACACAUCCUCUUUCUAUUCAAAGUUUUUCAUAUACUUGGUUACUCAACCUUAAACCAUCCCUUGAGCAGAGCCUCGAAACUUCUUCUUCCUUUAGAAUUUCUACUGAUGCUUCUGAUGAAUUAGGUUCUUCUUUCAUUGAAAUGGAUCCAAGAAUGCCAUCUUCUAGAAGAUUCUUUGUAACCUCACAAGAUUUCAAAUUUGACUUCCCAAUUUCACAAGAAUCUUCUCUCAAUACUCUUAUUGAUGCUGAUAAACUCUUUUCCAAUGGUUACUUAAUGCCACUUUUUGAUGAAUCAUUGAAGAACAUUGAACCAUAUGAAUAUGAUUCAUCAAAUUCAAAUUCAACCUUACCUUCUUCUUUCAUAUCACAUGUACCAAAAAAAGUGGUUUCUUUAGAAAAUUCUAGAAAUUCUUCAUUGAAAAGGUGUAGAACAUUAUCAAGGAGAGUGUUUCAAAAGUAUUUGAAUUUCUUAAAACCUUUGUGUAGAAAAUUGAGGGGUCAAAAAUCAGGAUCAUCAAAGCAUGAAAAUGGUAUGAAAAGAACUCAAUCAGUGAAGAAUUAUAGAGGAAGUUACUAUGAAUCAUCUCCAAGAACGAGUGUUGCUUGUUCCACGGACAAUUGGCGCAUGUCUUGUGAUUCGGAUAGUUCAAUUUAUGAAGCAGUUCUUCAUUGCAAAAGAUCUAUUGAAAGCAUGAGUUAA